AUGAUUUUCUUUCUUUCUUUUGUUAUUCAUCAUUUUAUUUCUAUCUUUGUCUCUUUCUUUGAUCCUUUCCUUCGAUGCUCCUUUCUUUCUUUCUUUCUUUCUUUCUUUCUUUCUUUCUUUCUUUCUUUCUUUCUUUCUUUGUACCUUUCUUUCUUCCUAUCGUUUUUUUCUUUUUCCGUUCUUUAUUUCUAUCGUUGUUUUAUUUCCGUUGUUUCUUUCUUUCUAUUGUUGUUUCUUGUUCCGUUCUUUCUUUCUUUUUCCGUUCUUUCUUUCUAUCGUUGUUUCUUUUUCCGUUCAUUCUUUCUUUCUUUCUUUUUCCGUUCUUUAUUUCUAUCGUUGUUUCUUGUUCCGUUCAUUCUUUCUUUCUUUCUUUUUCCGUUCUUUCUUUCUAUCGUUGUUUCUUGUUCCGUUCAUUCUUUCUUUCUUUCUUUUUCCGUUCUUUCUUUCUAUCGUUGUUUCUUGUUCCGUUCAUUCUUUCUUUCUUUCUUUUUCGUUCUUUCUUUCUAUCGUUGUUUCUUGUUCCGUUCAUUCUUUCUUUCUUUCUUUUUCCGUUCUUUAUUUCUAUCGUUGUUUCUCUUUCCGUUCUUUCUUUCUUUCUUUCUUUCUUUCUUUCUUUUUCCGUUCUUUCUUUCUAUCGUUGUUUCUUGUUCCGUUCAUUCUUUCUUUCUUUCUUUUUCCGUUCUUUCUUUCUAUCGUUGUUUCUUGUUCCGUUCAUUCUUUCUUUCUUUUUCCGUUCUUUCUUUCUAUCGUUGUUUCUUGUUCCGUUCAUUCUUUCUUUCAUUCUUUUUCCGUUCUUUUUUCUAUCGUUGCUUCUUGUUCCGUUCAUUUCUUUCUUUCUUUUUCCGUUCUUUUUUCUUUCUAUUGUUGUUUCUUGUUCCGUUCAUUCUUUCUUUCUUUUCUUUUUCCGUUCUUUUUCUUUCUAUCGUUGUUUCUUGUUCCGUUCAUUCUUUCUUUCUUUUUCCGUUCUUUCUUUCUAUCGUUGUUUCUUGUUCCGUUCAUUCUUUCUUUCUUUCUUUUUUUCCGUUCUUUAUUUCUAUCGUUGUUUCUUGUUCCGUUCAUUCUUUCUUUCUUUUCUUUUCCGUUCUUUUUUCUAUCGUUGUUUCUUGUUCCGUUCAUUCUUUCUUUCUUUCUUUUUCCGUUCAUUCUUUCUAUCGUUGUUUCUUGUUCCGUUCAUUCUUUCUUUCUUUCUUUUCCGUUCUUUUUAUUUCUAUCGUUGUUUCUUGUUCCGUUCAUUCUUUCUUUCUUUCUUUUUCCGUUCUUUCUUUCUAUCGUUGUUUCUUGUUCCGUUCAUUCUUUUCUUUCUUUCUUUUCCGUUCUUUAUUUCUAUCGUUGUUUCUUGUUCCGUUCAUUCUUUCUUUUCUUUCUUUUUCCGUUCUUUAUUUCUAUCGUUGUUUCUUGUUCCGUUCAUUCUUUCUUUUCUUUCUUUUUCCGUUCUUUAUUUCUAUCGUUGUUUCUUGUUCCGUUCAUUCUUUCUUUCUUUCUUUUUUCCGUUCUUUAUUUCUAUCGUUGUUUCUUGUUCCGUUCAUUCUUUCUUUUCUUUCUUUUUCCGUUUUUAUUUCCGUUCUUUUCCGUUUCUAUCGUUGUUUCUUUUUCCGUUCUUUCUUUCUAUUUUGUUUCUUUUUCCGUUCUUUUUUCUUUUUUUUUCCGUUCUUUGUUUCUUGUUCCGUUCAUUCUUUUCUUUCUUUUCUUUUCCGUUCUUUCUUUCUAUCGUUGCUUCUUGUUCCGUUCAUUCUUUCUUUCUUUUUCCGUUCUUUUCUUUCUAUUGUUGUUUCUUGUUCCGUUCAUUCUUUUCUUUUUCUUUCUUUUUUCGUUCUUUCUUUCUAUCGUUGUUUCUUGUUCCGUUCAUUCUUUCUUUCUUUCUUUUUCCGUUCUUUCUUUCUAUCGUUGUUUCUUGUUCCGUUCAUUCUUUCUUUCUUUCUUUUUCCGUUCUUUAUUUCUAUCGUUGUUUCUUGUUCCGUUCAUUCUUUCUUUCUUUCUUUUUCCGUUCUUUAUUUCUAUCGUUGUUUCUUGUUCCGUUCAUUCUUUCUUUCUUUCUUUUUCCGUUCUUUCUUUCUAUCGUUGUUUCUUGUUCCGUUCAUUCUUUCUUUCUUUCUUUUUCCGUUCUUUAUUUCUAUCGUUGUUUCUUGUUCCGUUCAUUCUUUCUUUUUUUUUUUUUUUCCGUUCUUUCUUUCUAUUGUUGUUUCUUGUUCCGUUCAUUCUUUCUUUUCUUUCUUUUUUCCGUUCUUUUCUUUCUAUCGUUGUUUCUUGUUCCGUUCAUUCUUUCUUUCUUUCUUUUUCCGUUCUUUAUUUCUAUCGUUGUUCCUUGUUCCGUUCAUUCUUUCUUUCUUUCUUUUUCCGUUCUUUCUUUCUAUCGUUGUUUUUUGUUCCGUUCAUUCUUUUUUCUUUCUUUCUUUUUCCGUUCUUUCUUUCUAUCGUUGUUUCUUGUUCCGUUCAUUCUUUCUUUUUUUUUUUUUUCGUUCUUUCUUUCUAUCGUUGUUUCUUGUUCCGUUCAUUCUUUCUUUCUUUCUUUUUCCGUUCUUUCUUUUCUAUCGUUGUUUCUUGUUCCGUUCAUUCUUUCUUUUUCUUUCUUUUUCCGUUCUUUCUUUCUAUCAUUGUUUUUUGUUCCGUUCAUUCUUUCUUUUCUUUCUUUUUUUUCCGUUCUUUAUUUCUAUCGUUGUUUCUUGUUCCGUUCAUUCUUUUCUUUUCUUUCUUUUUCCGUUCUUUCUUUCUAUCGUUGUUUCUUGUUCCGUUCAUUCUUUUUUUCUUUUUCCGUUCUUUAUUUCUAUCGUUGUUUCUUGUUCCGUUCAUUCUUUCUUUUCUUUCUUUUCCGUUCUUUCUUUCUAUCGUUGUUUCUUGUUCCGUUCAUUCUUUCUUUCUUUCUUUUUCCGUUCUUUCUUUCUAUCGUUGUUUCUUGUUCCGUUCAUUCUUUCUUUCUUUCUUUUUCCGUUCUUUCUUUCUAUCGUUGUUUCUUGUUCCGUUCAUUCUUUCUUUCUUUCUUUUUCCGUUCUUUCUUUCUAUCGUUGUUUUUUGUUCCGUUCAUUCUUUCUUUCUUUCUUUUUCCGUUCUUUCUUUCUAUCGUUGUUUCUUGUUCCGUUCAUUCUUUCUUUCUUUCUUUUUCCGUUCUUUCUUUCUAUCGUUGCUUCUUGUUCCGUUCAUUCUUUCUUUCUUUUUCCGUUCUUUCUUUCUAUUGUUGUUUCUUGUUCCGUUUUUCUUUCUUUUUCCUUUCUUUCUUUCUAUUGUUGUUCCUCUUUCCGUUCUUUCUUUCUAUCGUUGUUUCUUGUUCCGUUCAUUCUUUCUUUCUUUCUUUUUCCGUUCUUUCUUUCUAUCGUUGUUUCUUGUUCCGUUCAUUCUUUCUUUCUUUCUUUUUCCGUUCUUUCUUUCUAUCGUUGUUUCUUGUUCCGUUCAUUCUUUCUUUCUUUCUUUUUCCGUUCUUUCUUUCUAUCGUUGUUUCUCUUUCCGUUCUUUCUUUCUUUCUUUUUCCGUUCUUUCUUUCUAUCGUUGUUUCUUGUUCCGUUCAUUCUUUCUUUCUUUUUCCGUUCUUUCUUUCUAUCGUUGUUUCUUGUUCCGUUCAUUCUUUCUUUCUUUUUCCGUUCUUUCUUUCUAUCGUUGUUUCUUGUUCUGUUCAUUCUUUCUUUCUUUUUCCGUUCUUUAUUUCUAUCGUUGUUUCUUGUUCCGUUCAUUCUUUCUUUCUUUCUUUUUCCGUUCUUUCUUUCUAUCGUUGUUUCUCUUUCCGUUCUUUCUUUCUUUUUCUUUUUCCGUUCUUUCUUUCUAUCGUUGUUUCUUGUUCCGUUCAUUCUUUCUUUUUUCUUUUUCCGUUCUUUUCUUUUCUAUCGUUGUUUCUUGUUCCGUUCAUUCUUUCUUUCUUUUUCCAUUCUUUCUUUCUAUCGUUGUUUCUUGUUCCGUUCAUUCUUUCUUUCUUUUUCCGUUCUUUCUUUCUAUUGUUGUUUCUUGUUCCGUUCAUUCUUUCUUUCUUUCUUUUUCCGUUCUUUCUUUCUAUCGUUGUUUCUCUUUCCGUUCUUUCUUUCUUUCUUUUUCCGUUCUUUCUUUCUAUCGCUGUUUCUUGUUCCGUUCAUUCUUUCUUUCUUUUUCCGUUCUUUCUUUCUAUCGUUGUUUCUUGUUCCGUUCAUUCUUUCUUUCUUUUUCCGUUCUUUCUUUCUAUCGUUGCUUCUUGUUCCGUUCAUUCUUUCUUUCUUUUUCCGUUCUUUCUUUCUAUCGUUGUUUCUUGUUCCGUUCAUUCUUUCUUUCUUUCUUUUUCCGUUCUUUCUUUCUAUCGUUGUUUCUUGUUCCGUUCAUUCUUUCUUUCUUUCUUUUUCCGUUCUUUAUUUCUAUCGUUGUUUUUUGUUCCGUUCAUUCUUUCUUUCUUUCUUUUUCCGUUCUUUCUUUCUAUCGUUGUUUCUUGUUCCGUUCAUUCUUUCUUUCUUUCUUUUUCCGUUCUUUAUUUCUAUCGUUGUUUCUCUUUCCGUUCUUUCUUUCUUUCUUUCUAUCAUUGUUUUUUUUUUCGUUUUUUCUUUCUUUCUGUCGUUGUUUUUUCUUUCAUUCUUUCUUUCUAUCGGUGAUUGUUUGUUUCUUUCUAUUGUUCUUUCUUUCUUUAUUUCUUGGUUUAUUUUAUUUGUUCGUUCUUUAUAUCGUUGUUACUUACUUUCUUUCUUUCUAUCGUUGUUUCUUUCUUUCUUUCUUCGUUUAUUUUAUUUAUUCGUUCUUUAUAUCGUGGUUACUUUUUCCUCUCUUUCUUUUAUUCUUUCCCUUGAAUUUUGA